AUGGACUCCUGGGAUUCACUAGGCUUUUUACUCCUCAUCCUCAACUACAAUGUGACCAUUAUAGGAAAGAUUUGGUUAACUCUAACCAUCCUGCUGAGACUACUGGUGAUCUUCUUCGCAGCGUACCCUCUCUACCAAGAUGAGCAGCAGCGCUUCAUCUGCAACACCUUGCAACCGGGAUGCGCCAACGCCUGCUAUGACAUGUUUACACCCAUAUCCCACUUCCGGUUCUGGCUCGUCCAGACUGCCUCUGUCCUGCUCCCUUACAUCCUGUUUUGUGUCUAUGUGUUUCACAGUGUGGCCAGGCAGCUUCUGAAGGCGCCCACAUCGGGCCAUAAAAUUUCAAAGAAGUCUUCCAAAGGGGCGGCAGGCAGCAGAAUCCCCUGUGAGGCAAACAAAAUGGAUAUUCCAGAUUUUUCCAAAGCGUAUAUCGUCCAGCUUCUUCUGAGAAUGCUGGUUGAGGCCUGUUUUGGGUCGGGCCAUUACUAUCUUUUUGGAUUCUUUGUUCCCAGACACAUCACCUGUAGAAGCGUGAUACCUUGUCCAUAUAACAUAGACUGUUAUCCUUCCAGGUCCACUGAAAAAACUAUCCUGAUGUUCUUCAUCUGGGGACUCAGUGGCAUCUCCUUCCUCCUCAGCCUCAUUGACCUGACCUUUGCCUUCCGAAGCAGCAUUGUCAGAAAUCACCGAAAUAAACUACUGAUGGAAGGGCUUGGGGCUGAGGGGAGGUACAGUCCUGUCCAGCAUCAAGGUGACAUGUCAACUUUGGAAGAGGAGGCCAAGACAUUGUAA